AUGGGUGCUGACCGUGGCCGUAUCGGGUCGCAACCAGGGCCCAGGCUCACUUCCUGCCAGGAGCACCAACACCCUCCGGUAUCCCCCACAGAGGAUGCCACAGCCGGUAUCCCCCACAGAGGUUACCACAGUCAGUAUCCCCCACAGAGGAUGCCACAGUCAGUAUCCCCCACAGAGGAUGCCACAGUCAGUAUCCCCCACAGAGCUUACCACAGUCAGUAUCCCCCACAGAGGAUGCCACAGCCAGUAUCCCCCACAGAGGAUGCCACAGCCGGUAUCCCCCACAGAGGUUGCCACAGCCAGUAUCUCCCACAGUGCUUACCACAGUCAGUAUCCCCCACAGAGGAUGCCACAGCCGGUAUCCCCCACAGAGGUUACCCCAGCCGGUAUCCCCCACAGAGGUUGCCACAGCCGGUAUCCCCCACAGAGGUUGCCACAGCCGGUAUCCCCUCACAGAGACUGCCACAGCCAGUAUCCCCCACUGAGGUUGCCACAGCCAGUAUCCCCCACAGAGCUUACCACAGUCAGUAUGCCCCACAGAGGUUGCCAUAG